CACAUGGCCAUCAUAUUGUUCUUUGCCUUCUCAUUUUUCCCUCGAACGUCGUCCGCCCAACAUUCUGGAAUUGAAGCGUUGCAUGGUUCAUGAAGCAUCUUCAUAACAGUCGAUAAACGAUCUGGUACGGCCACGACCUCUCAUGGAGUCAAAUAUGGUCGCAGAUAUAUCGCCACCAAUCAACAAUGUCACGCCAGCCUCUAAUGGUAUCCACAACAACGGCAGCAUUGAGCUGAAUAUCGAGGAACACGAGCGCGAGCUUCCGUUUGUCGAUGAUGGACAAAUACCCUUGGGUGAACUGCUUUCGCGCGUCAUGCAAAGCAUUUACGCUGAGCUAUCAGAAUUGGCGGAGACUAUGCCAAACAUGUCCGAUAGUGCUCGAAAGCGUACCAUGGCUGACUGGGUGGUGAAGACGAAGAAGCAGGUGGUCAAACUUUAUGCUGUGGCGAAGUGGGCACGAGACGCGGGCACGGUGCAGAAGUGCAUGAACAUUACGGCCUUUCUCAUGAAUCAGAACCAGCAGUUCGCUGACGUCCUCCGCUCGCUCGAAGCAAUACGUGAUGCAAUGGCCCCUGCACGUCUUCGAAAUCAUGACCUGUUGACCUCUCUGGAUGUUCUUACAACUGGAUCCUACAGACGCCUUCCUACUAUCAUUAAGAAAAGCAUAAUUCCACCACGUCCUUUAACGGACGCGGAAGUUCUGAAGACGCUUACUGAUAUGGAAGAUGUCAUGCGCUACCGACUUAGGUUAACGGAGAUUAUUCCUGUGGAAAUGUCGCAUUAUCGAAUAUCCAACGGUCGGGUCUAUUUUACUGCCCCGAAAUUGUUUGAGACGUCUAUAUGCUUGCGAGGUGCUGAGAAAGAUGAUGGCUGGUUCUUUGUGCAUGUCGAGUUUCUGAUAACCGUCGGAGGGGAUGCUACUGGGAUCCAAGAGUUUCCGCGAAUACCGACGGGUAUAAUGAAGCGUCAUCUAACAGAUGAAGCUGAUUCAAGACUUGCCUUCUACCUACCAAUGCCAGAACAACCACCAGGUGUUGAGCUCCCUCCCCGACCUGUACUUCCGGAAGGUGUCGUUGAUACGCCACUGGUCCGAUUGUACAACUUUCUUCAGAUAAUGUCUUUAUCUUAUCAACUGGAAAUUCUUUGGUAUCAGGCUGAAAGAAUGCAAUUUCUGUCUGUAAAUAUGACUCCCGAUCGUAAGAUUAUGACUGUGACUUAUUGGAGGCGAAAGUCCAUGCCGAACAUAGGUGUACGCCAUCGGACCAUCAGGAUACCAGAAAUAGGCGGGAAACUUAUCAUUGCCAUUGUUGAAGCGCGUGGUUCCGUCCAGGCUGGCGGAGGACCCGAGCGCUCCUCGAAAGCACGCGGCCUAGCCGAUCUCCAGCGUAAAUCGAAACUGGGAGCUAAACAGCCCUCAGAUGACGUUGAAGGGCUGCGGUUCAAAGUAACAUGGGAACCAGAACAGGGCGCACUGGGGGUGCAGAUACCACCAGAAGAGUUGAUUCUACCCCCAGAAAUGCUUGCAAUAAACGCUGAUGAUUUGGAUUUCGAAUCUCUGUUGCUCAAAGUGAUACAGAGACAUGUGAAUUCAAUCAUAUCUAUGAUCCAGUUAAACCUACAACGUGGGCCAUCCAGAGCAGUAUUUGGUGCACCUGGAGUGGUGACUUUGGAUGAAGAGGAUAAUGCGCGCGGUCUUCGCGUGAGACUUUGCGCAGACGAGAUCGUCAUCAUAACUAUAGAUCCUCGGACAGGAAGAUUAAAUCUUCGGGAUACCGGUGAUCUUGCGGCAGCAGGGCGUGGACCACGCUUCUUUGCCAUAUCCGAAAAAAUCAACGAGAAUCCAUCUAUGCUGAUGGAUGCAUUGGUCCGACUACGGCUCCAGACGAUUGUGGAUCUCGCGGAGCAAAUGGCUAAAUAUCUUGGCUUGCAGAGUUUCCGAUCGCGGAAUUUCCAUCCGGAAGAGAGACGCAAACUUGGGCCGGCAGCCCGGGGAACACUCUACAUUCAACUGGAGCACUUCCCCGAUCACUACCUUGUCAUCAUCAUCACGGACGACAACUUUCAGUACGCACUCAUAGAAUCCAAAGUUCUUCGAGAAUCAAUGUUUGCAAACUUGAUUAUGGACGAUAUUGGUUGGCUAGAUUUCGACCGAAUACAUGGAGAAGAUGUCAUUCGGCCGGAUGUUGAGGUGAGGGCUGGAAUGAAGAGGAAAAGGAGCAUCGACGAUGGUCUUAGCGUGCCACAUACGGAGGCAGAUCGCAAAGGUUUCAACUUGGAUACACAGGUCUUGCGAGAGCUUUAUAGCUACUGCUGUGCCCGCGUGGCUUACACCAACAUUGAGCGCCAGUUCAAGUUACGGAAAAUUCACUUCACCCAUGUCACACCCUCCACUUCUGCCAACCCACUCGCUACUGAACUCCAGUCUUCACUCGUGCGCUCGGUUCCAUCAUUAUGCGUUCAAUCCAAGCAUAUUCUCGCGGGAGCACCCGCUGCUGAAGCUGCCAUGCCCAAUAUCCGCGUUAUUCCGCUCAACUGGUGGUCAGACUCGGAGUCUGGUAAAGGUGCUCAGGUCGUUACUUGCGUCAAAUUGAAGUACGUGUAUGUUUCAAAAUCUGGUGAAGGCACCAGCUCGAUUAUUCGUCCCUCGAAACGGAUAAUUUACGAUACCACCGAAGCCAUCGUAUCUUUCCUCUCGGAGAACGUCAACACCUGCGUAGACGAGUUCCUGGAGGAGUGGGCGCGGGUGAGCAAGAUGGUGGUGAUUGCGCGAGAGGUGGCUCAAUUGAAGGGUCGAAAGGGAUGGGAGGAUGUCCGGCUGCUCGACUUCGAUCUACAAACGGCGGUGUUUGCCUAUAAGGGCGACUACACUGUAUCGAUAACGUGUGAAGAUCAGCUGAAACCGACUGGUGGGACGUUCGAGCUACGCUUUGGUCGCAUGGGCAAUGUGGAAGGCGGCAGAAACCCACAUACAGAGGCGGAGCCUUUCUUGCGCACGGUCCUGCAUGCGGGAAAGCUUGGGCCCUCCGUGCAUCAACUAGUCAUGCUCCUGCGGGAUACCCUUCCUAUCGUCGUAGAGCUCUCUGAGUUUACUGGUGUAGACUCGUUUGCUAAAAGCGCAGGAUGGUACCGCGUGCUAUAUCGAUCUCAUCAUGCCCUCGAUUUCCGGUUGAUGACUGAACGAAGGGUUGCAAUACUUGAUGGGUCGCAUUCGCUGUUCUCAUUUCCAUCAUCGACCACUUCCGUCAAUGACGCUCAGCUAGGGCUCAAGCCGAUCCCUAACUUCGCCCAAAUAAUUAGCGAGCUUCCCGGUCCAGGUAAAAGGCUUGACGUUGGCAUUGUUUGUCGGGUGGAUGAGGUGAGUGGUCUGGCAAGGGAAGUGCAUGAUCGUGUUAUCAAGCAAUUGGAGGGCUCUCGAUGAGAUAUAUUUACUGCUUACCAUACGAUAAUGUAAUCUGUUUUGUACAGUAGAAAUGUACAGGGCGCCACCAGACAUUGGCGCGCAUUGACCGGUU